UCACCUUCCCCGGGGAACUUCGUUGUGCCAAGGUGACCAUCGUGGGGGAGCAGCAGUGCAGGAAGGUCUAUCCCAGCUCCAUCACCUCCAACAUGGUCUGUGCUGGCCAAGCCCACGGGAGGGCUGACUCCUGCCAGGGUGACUCCGGGGGCCCCCUGAUGUGCGACGGGCGCCUCCAGGGCAUCGUGUCCUGGGGCCCCGGGGUCUGUGGGGACCCCAAGAAACCCGGCGUCUACGUCAACCUCUGCAAGUUCAACCGGUGGCUCCAGGACACCAUGAGAAGGAACUGA